AGCAAAGACACAGGAUUUCGGUGUUUGGAAAUCUUUUUUCGGGACUGUGUAUUUACAGGCCAUAGCUUUAGUUUAAAAGUAACAUUGUUGCUCUAAUACUAGUAUCGAGACUAUCAGAAUGUUGGAGGCCGUAAUAUUUCAGACGCAGUUGACGUCCAUAAUGGAAGUUCUAUCUAGCGCCGCUGUAGCGGAGAUAACCAAACUAGUUGACGAGUACUCUGCGUUUUUACGCGCCGAACUGUCACGGAAAAAACAGGAUAACGAAAUCCUGAUGAACAAACUUAAAGAAGUUGAAAGCCGGCACCGGACAAGGACGUCGGCGAUUGAACACGGCGGGGAUGAUGUUGGCGCUGUUGUGCUUUGCGAAAGACUUCAGAGUGGUGCUUCAGCUACCAGCAGAUACUAUCUCGGGGGAUCCCUAACUCACCACACGCCCGCGGCUAGGAAGGAACGAGAACCGGACACCGUCUUGGCCCGGCCGGGGUGCUGCAGAAAUUGGGGUGAAACAUCCGGGACAGAUGUUAACGAGCUAGGUCACAAUGCCACUCUAACAGACAGGAAGGGUACGCCUGUCACCAUUAAACAGGAGAGACUGGAGGACUGCGAUGACCCAGGGGAAUAUGCAGAUCUUAACGGACAGAAGACAAAUGUUUUGUCACCUUCCCUGAUCUCCUCUCCCUCUCAAAUGUCAGCUCCUGAACAUACUGCCACCCCUCUAGUCGCUGGGCAACAGCAUCCUGCUGUUCAGGCCUGUUUCAAGGAGGACUGGGAGUUCCGGAACCUACCCUCGGAGGGUAGAAAUGAGCUCACUGACUCUACGGAACCCAAUGUAGGAUUGGGACAUGGAACUCUAGAACACCACGUGGAAUUGGAACAUAGAACUAUGGAGCACAUUGGCAGCGGUUCCCACUGUCUGGACACGGAUCAGCCUGCAGGGUUGUUGCCUUGCCUCAAGACGGAGCCAGAGAGUCCAAACCUUGACCAACCUCCAGGGGCAGGACCAGACCCGGGGAUCAACCAGCAGGAUCUGAGUAGAACGUACCCUGAGUAUGCGGCACUGAGCCUGGGUUACGGCAGCUACACAGACACCCCGUGUACGUUUUUCACCUACUCGCCGGCAAACCAACAACACACUUCCUCCACGACGACAGCCACCAGCGAUUUGGCCUUGCUGCCAGGCCAACACGUCGACUCCGUCGUCAUGCCGGGACCCCGCAGGGAUCAGAGAGCGAGCGGCGGGCCUGCGAGAAGAACUCGAGCUCCCCUCAGUAAGGACAAGGAGGGGAGGUUCAUAUGCAAGGACUGCGGGAAGGGUUUCCCCUAUGUCAGCUACCUCAGGCGGCACACCCUCAACCACACGGGAGAGAGGUCGCAUCACUGCUCUGUGUGUGGGCGGAGCUUCAUCAGGCUGAGCCACCUUCGGAGGCACGAGCUGCUGCACACAGGGGUUCGACCCUUCACCUGCACGCUUUGCGGACGUCACUUCUCGCGCGGUGCCCACCUCCGUGCUCACGUGAAGACACACGCGUGAUGGAUGUGGCUGUUUGUGUGUCAUCUAUAAGUUGUGUGUGGAUAGACCGAUACCGCUUUGUGUCAUUUUUUCUUGUACACGAGUGAAUUAAAACAGAAAUGGAAUGA